AUGCGGACUUUCCUUCUUCUCUGUCUAGUCCUCGGGACGGCAACAGUAACGGCUGUGCCGACUAGCUUUGGGUACGGCUACGCGCACAAGGUCAAAGCGUCAGGACUCCCCCUUUACGCCGACUUGGGCACCUACGGCCACGGUGGCUUAUUUAUGGGCAAAUACGGUUCUAGUGGAAUUGGCCUCUACAAGAACCUCUACGGUAAUGGGUACUAUGGCGUCCACGGCUUGUGGCAGCAUGCAGGAGGGAAAAUACUGUACCCUAAACUCGGAGGUAUUGGUAUCCAUGGGAAGAAUCUAGGUCCAUAUGGAUACAAGCCCCUUGGACUGUGGGCUGGUAAAGGGUCCAUAAUGUAUGGCGGUUAUGGACACACCAAUGGUCUGUUGUCUGGUCACUAUGGUCAACUCUCUAACUUGGACCAUGGAGCGAUAUUUGGAGGCUUUGGAGUUCCCUAUGGCGGUAUAGGGAGGGGGAACCUGCUCCACGGCUUUGGAAUUGUCAAAAAAGGUCAUGCAUUCGGUGGUUCUGUGGCGUACUACUAG